GGACAGUUUUCAUAAUCGAAGGCAGUCAACGUGUUGGCAGGAGAGAAGCUGCACGGGAUGCAAGGGCAGCUUGGACCGCACGUGCGAGAUACCACAAGCGUUAAAUCCUUAGAUACGACUCUUAAUAGACAUCAAAGUGAUCACUGUCUGUAAAACAACGGAAUUCAAAAGUAAAUAAUCGAGUCUGGACCAAACAGUCCAGUGAUCAACAGCCUGAGCAUCGAUCUGCGCAAUUGGGAACUAUGGACAUCGCUAUCGCCGUGUCCUUAGCUCUGGCUCUUUGUCUCGUGUGCGGGGUGUGCCCAGUCAAUGCCUAUUAUGAACACACCUGCUUCCUUGAUGACCGGCAGCCUUCACCCGGCGGUUUGUGUGGCCCACGAGCAUCAGACAUGGUGGACAUGGUGUGUCGAGGUUCUUACGGGCGCAAGAGGAGUGUACGCUUCCUGAACGAUGACCCAUCGUUGGAACCGGUCAAGUUCGCCUCCCCAAAGCGAGAGGCCCUUUCUUACCUGGGAAAGCGGACGAGUGAACAAGGCUUUGUCUGCGAGUGCUGCUACAACAGAUGCUCAUUUACCGAACUGCGUGAAUAUUGUCACGACUAGGCUAUACUAGACGCUAUUACAGCAAACAGUAUGAGGUGGAUAUACAGAUACCAUGGUAACGCUUACAGAUAUCAGUGGCGAUAGACUCAUAUACUGGAAGAUAUGUUCACAUACCACAGCAUUUCCCAACCUUAGGCCAUAAGUUCCAUUGCUCUAAUUGAAUCUGUUGGACAUAAGUGUUUAAACACAGCUAAGCGUGAAUUAUUGUAGGGGUCAGUCGUACACUGUUAAGUUCAUAUUUCCAUUGAAAACCGUCUUGUCACUUAGGAAACACUGUGGUAUGUCUGGUAUAAUUACCUUGCCCUUAUCGUCACUUACACUGUCAAUGACGUCAUUAAUCCACUGCUUCAAAGUGGUUAUGUCUGACGAUUUCUGAAGCUUGAUCAGUGCCUUCGAACAACAUGAGGCCUUGCACCGUUUCUCUUUUUACAUAGUGUAAUAACACAAUACUUGGUUAUUAUAUAUGAAUAAAAUGGAUGAAUAACA